AUGGCCACAGAGCAAGUGAGGGGGCAGCAUGGCCCAGCCCCCACCCACAGUCCCCAGAAGCCCCCUGUGGGGGUUGUGGCUCCCAGGAAUGAUGCUGAGGGACAACCCUUGACCAGGAGAAGCAAGAGGGAGAGGGGGCUCCGAGAGUCCUGGAAAGGUGCUGACAGCUCUGGGAAGCAGACCCCCAUCCAGUGCCCCGAGGCUCCAGGGAGCAGCAAAAGCCCCUCUAGGGCAGGAGGACAGGAAGAACCAGCCCCUGCAGCCCCCAGGCUGGCCUCUCGUCGCCAGUCCCACAGGCAUCGUCCUGCCCCCCAGAACGAUGCUGCUCAGAAGACAUAUGGGCCCCUGCUCAACCGCAUCUUCGGGAAGGACCGCGAGCUGGGCCCGGAAGAGCUGGAUGAGCUACAGGCCGCCUUCGAGGAGUUUGACACUGACGGUGACGGCUACAUCAGCUACCGGGAUCUGGGCGCCUGCAUGAGGACCCUGGGCUACAUGCCCACGGAGAUGGAGCUCAUUGAGGUCUCCCAGCACGUCAAGAUGCGAAUGGGUGGCCGUGUGGACUUUGAGGAAUUUGUGGAGCUGAUGGGCCCAAAGCUGAGGGAAGAGACUGCGCACAUGGUGGGGGUGCGGGAGCUCCGCAUCGCCUUCCGAGAGUUUGACAGGGACAGGGAUGGACGAAUCACAGUGGCAGAGCUGCGACAGGCAGCACCAGCUCUAAUGGGGGAGCCGCUGGGGGAUCCUGAGCUGGAUGAGAUGCUCCGAAAUGUGGACCUCAAUGGGGAUGGCACCAUAAAUUUUGAUGAGUUUGUGAUGAUGCUUUUCGCCCACUGA